AAUAUGUCGAUGAUUUCCUCUGAAGCCAGGAUGUGGGCAGACCUGCUGGUUGAAGAUGAACUAUAACAAGUCAGUCUGUAUCGACGCGGGAUGGAGGUCACUUCGCUCUGCCUCAUCGUCUCGGCCGCACUGAGCGUCCAUCCUGACAAAUCUCAGUUCUUCCGCUAUGACGACAUCCGCGUGACCUGCGCGGCGCCAGCAAACACCAGCGGCUGGACGUUGAGGAAAAACGACUCUGCUGCGGUGGCUGAGCCAUGCGAGGGCGACUGCACCCUGGGAGACGUCUACCCGUCCGACAGCGGAGUGUACUGGUGCGAGUCGGCGCAGGACGAGUGCAGCAACGCCGUCAACAUCACUGUGGCAGUUGGCCCGGUGAUCCUCGAGAGCCCCGCACUUCCUGUCACUGAGGGGGACCUGGUGACACUUCGCUGCUCCUACAAGGAGCGAUACGAAAAGAAUCGAACAUCAGACUUCAGUGCUGCCUUCUACAAAGAUGGCGUUUUCAUCGGCACCCAGCCGGCGGGAAAGAUGGUCCUGCCAGCCGCGUCCCAGCGCGACGAAGGCUUCUACACGUGUGAACAUCCUGCCAGGGGAAGGUCACCACAGAGCUGGCUGGCCGUGAGAGCUCGGCCCAUAAUCAUCAUCCCUCCCGUCAUGUCUGUGCCCCGGCUGGUGUGCAGCAUCCUGCUCUUCGUCCUCUACACCGCCAUACUCGGACUGGGUAUAUAUACGUACCGACAGUGGGCCCGAGGGAGGAAGACCUCUGAGAGUCCUGCUGGAGAUGACGUCAAGUGGAGAGCUUCUGAUCAAGUGGAGUGAGGAGGAGAAGAAGAAGAAGAAGAGCGCCACCUGAUGGCCAACAUGAAUAGGAUGAAGGCAGUGUGGUCUGGCAGUUUGUGUUUGGUUGGCGUUGGAGGUGUGGAUGAGUUAAGCUGCUCGUCUUGGGAUCAACAAAGUGUUUUGAAUCUGAAUAUGAAUGAAUUGUGUGCAUUUCUUGUUCCUGUGUUUUGGAGAGUUAAAGCGUGAAGGAAUAUCUUGUGUUGUGAUGUUUAGAGCUGAUUUUCUUUUCUUUGAAGUCAACCAACAAACUCUACAUUUCACAGAUGUUGUACCGUCAAACUCGGGAAUGUUUUGAGCAGAAAUCCAUUCAGUCCUCAGUGAACAUAUUUUGGAAACCGUUUUAUCAUGUUGGGACUUUUUGGUGACACAUUCACAGCACUCAUGACGUUUGUUGCCAGUCUCCUUCAUUAAGGUGAUCGUCUUAUUAUUAUCAAUGGCUGCUGUUGCUGCUGGUCGGUGUUGUCUCACGCAGGUGUUAUGGUUAUGGGUGGGCUGCCGGUAAGCUAAGGGAAGGUUCACCACAUGAAUGACAGUGUUUGCACACAAACAUGACGCACAUCAUUUGUUGAUGAUGUACCCUGUUUGUGUUACUGCGUUUACGAGUUCAAGCUGGCCAACAGCAACAGCGCCACCUAGGGUCACACAAUUUGGCAUUACAUCGGCCAGGUUAACAUCUGUGAUAACCGUUUAACAACUGAUUAACCUUGAAUUUCCCUGGAGAUCAAUAAAGUAUCUACCUAUCUA